AUGGAUUUUCUGAUGCUUGCGGUUAUUAAUUUUAAUAUUAUUCGUUGCCACACUUUGAUUAUCAACGAUCUGGUUCACGACUUUUGUAAAUUCAAACAUGCCUAUUUGGGCUCCAUUUUGACUUGCUAUUCAAAGAAAGAAAGAUUUGAUUUGUUGAGAGAUACAAACACCGAAGGAUUGAGAUUGUUUGUUGAAGAUGGUAAUAUUACAGAUGAUAAGCUCGAUGAAGUGUUAUCAAGAAAACACUUUCAUUACAAUCAUUUGUGUAUCGUUUUGGAUGGUGAUUGCAAUGAUGCAAGUUAUAUUAUUGAGAAGACAAAUAAUACGCAUUUCUUCUACGACACCCAUCACUGGUUAAUUAUUGUCUCUUCACUAGAAAUGGUCACACUUUUAUUAGAAUCUGCUUAUUUAAACAUAAACGCUGAUGUACACAUUGCAAUUCCUUAUAAUCAAACAUUGUGGUCGAUUUAUGAUGCUUAUAAUCCUGCUUCACAUCACGGUGGCAAACUGAAGGUACAAUUAAUUGGAAACUACAGUAAAGUAUUGGGUUACAAUGCUCCCCAAUUUGGUAGCAAAUACUGGAGGAGAAGAGAUAUGACAGGGGUUAAAUUCAGAUCUGCUGUUGUGAUACCCUAUUUAGAUCGAGAUCUCCAAGAAUAUUUAAAUAAUGAUGAUGAUCGACAAGACAAUUCAUUGAACAGAUUUCAAAGUGUAACGGUAGAUCAUUGUAGACAAAUGUAUAAUUUUAGUCUACAUGUGCAAAGAACUAACUCUUGGGGAUACGUCCAAAAAGACACAGGGAGAUUUGACGGCCUGGUUAGCCUGCUGGAAAGACGCAUUGUAGAUUUUGGUAGCUCCCCUCUAGUUUAUAAACUCGAUCGAAUGCCAGUGGUCGAUUACAGUUUUGGAAACUGGGUAUUAAGAUCCGUGUUUAUUUAUCGUCGACCAAGGUUCGAGGCAAAAUCGUACGAGAUAUUUUUAAGACCACUGGCAACUGAUGUGUGGCUCACAAUAUGCAUCCUUUUGGUUUUUAUAACCUUAGCACUGAAGAUUGCUUUCUCUGUAGAGCGAUAUCUUUUGAGUAAAAUUAAAAGAGGUGUUGACCCUUCUUGGAGCUUCUUGGUGCUGUUUACUCUCGGAGCCUUUUGCCAACAAGGAGCAACUUGCUACCCAAGAUUAUUUUCCAGCAGGAUUUUAUCCGUUUUUGUGUUCCUAUUCUGCAUUUUAGUUUACCAGUUUUAUUCAGCCAGCAUCGUGUCAUAUCUCCUGAUGGAUCCACCCCGAAGCAUUUUCAAUUUACGCGACCUACUAAAUAGCAAAUUAAGGGCUGGGAUUGAAGACAUUUUAAUAGACAGAGACUAUUUCGUGCAAACUACUGAUCCAGUCGCAAUAGAAUUGUUCAAAACGAAGAUCAACGGCGAAACAAACGACACAGGUUUCUAUUCACCUCUCGAAGGGAUGGAACUGGUUCAGAAGGGCGGCUUCGCAUUGCACGUUCAGACUAGCUCGGCGUACCCAAUUGUGGAGAAGCUCUUCACCAAUGAACAAAUAUGCGAACUGGAAGAGAUACAGAUGUACAGAACCCAACCGAUGCACACUAACUUACAAAAGCACUCACCUUUUAAGGAAAUGAUGAACUAUUGUAUGUUGAAAAUGGUGGAGGAUGGUAAAAUGGAUGGUUUAAGAAAACAUUGGGACGCCAGAAAACCCACCUGUAUCGAUUCAGCCAAAAAAAUCAUAAUUCACGUUAACAUAAAGGAGUUUUCUUGUGGGUUAAUAGUUUUAUCUUAUGGCAUACUGCUGAGCCUGUUCUUUCUUGUACUGGAAUGUGUAGCGUUUCGCAAAAAUGACAUUUUCAGACGGCCUCAAUAA